AGUGGGUGACCUAGUUGGACGGUAGAGAGCUGAGGGAAGUUUCUCUCGCAAAAGACAAGGAAUGGCCGGUCAGUUCAAGCGUCAAGAUCUCCCUCCCUGUCAGAGUGAAGAUUAUGACCAGGCCUGUGAAGUUCGUCUGGCAUUUGGAAACGCUAAAGACCCUACUCGUGAUUCUACCGAUCCUGAGGACGCUGCCGAAGACACUGCGAGCACCAGGCCCCGGCAGGUUGCCCGGAUCCUGGCAGCAGUCGGUCUGUGCGGUCUCGUCGGUCUCACGAUCGUCGUGCUGGCUCUGUGGUACCGGGGCUCCGUCAACACCGAGCCUAUACUUGUCUCCAUCAACAACAAAUUGGCGGCAAACGGCAGGGCCCUGCAAGACGUCAUUUUCACUCUGAUGACUUCUUCGAAGGUGCGGGAAAGCGAGGCUGAUUGGCAGAAGAGUGCUACAAGAGGCCCCAAUACGAAUGACACAAUUCCAAAUGUUACAUCUGUUGACUACAUGCGCCUUGGCGUCGAAAUGAUGACUAGCAGGAUUGCAGACAACAUCACCAUCCGAAAGCUGGAAGGUUUCACUUACAAACCAUCAGCGCUGUCUGACUUUGCGCCACCAGUCAGCGCUGAAGCACUCCCAAAGAAGGUUCAAGUCUGCGAAUGGGACGUCUUGAAGCUCGGGUGUGGUGAUGGGAAGCGGAUCGACAUCCUCUCAGCCUUGUACGGCCGGACCAACAUCCAUGUCUGCCCCGGUGGUAGUGUCCUUACCCUCUCCUGUCGCAGCCCCAUCAGCCUGCGCGAAGUCCGCAACCUCUGCCAGGGGACCAGGUCCUGCUUGGUACAUGCCUCUAACAACGUGUUCGGGGACCCCUGUGUGGCAACGUACAAGUACCUGGAAGUCUGGUACGCCUGCACUGGAGGUUCAGAGCACCCAAGCCCUGAAGGCUGUCCUAGCUGGACCCGCUGGUACGACCGCGACGACCCGUCAGGAACCGGCGACUAUGAAAUCCUCUCCCGCCUCCGGAUGGAGCACCCCGGGGAGGUCUGCCCCGCACCCUCGACCAUGGAGGCCCGGGCAUGCGUCAAGGGCUCCAACGUGCCCGCCUCGCAGACCGGGGAUCACCUCUUCCUCUUCAACACCCAGCUGGGCUUGGGGUGCAGGGAUGAGGACCAGGAGGGACAUCGCCAGUGUGAGGACUACGAAGUGCGCUUCUGCUGUCCUCAGUGAUAUUAUGGAGUCAAACCUGUAGUAGUGAUCACCUCUUAUAACGUCCUCUUGCCCAUUGAUAUACAGUCAGACAUGUACAAUUAACCGCCUUUAGAUGAGGCCCAACUGGCCAUUUCUGUCAGCUAAGAUGCAAAGGUUUAGGCAACGACGUUUGUGAAUAAUAUUUCUUAAAUGCCGUAUCAUCUUAAUAAUCUGUGUUUAUCCAUAUAGAAUUGAAAUUUUGUUUUACAAAAUAACACAUUUUCAAACGAUGUCAAAGGGGACUCGAGUUUAUUCUAUAUACAUGGUCUACAUUUGAGCGAAUUUAAUAUUAACCAGCACGCUUAUACAACAUGGUGCCCAGACCAAUAUGAUAGAUGUGUAUGAUUUAUUCACUGCAAAUGGUUAUAUGUACUCACUCAUAAGUCACAAGGACACACACGCGCACACAUUCAUGACUAUUCAUCUUCUAUAUAUGUUCUAUUGAGUGUUCUAUUUUAUCCAUUCUGACAGGUUUCCAGUUCAUGACCACAAGGGACAAAAGGAUAUUGGUUAAUUAUAAUAUAAUAUUCACAGACAUAUCAAUGGCAGUAUUUCUGUGCGGGUCUUUACUGCAUGUUGCGUAAACGUCAAACAAUCAAAAUAUCAAUACAGGUUGUUUUUUUCACUAGAAACGUUUUCAUGUAUUAUGUGUGACGUGGAUGGUCUACGCAAGCUGGACUUGUAUCGGCCACAGUAGCGACUAUUCGAUGUUGAGUUGCGAAAUAAAAACUGAGCUAUAAAUUUCUGCUUACUUGAUGUGUCCAUAUUACAAGCACAAUAAUUGUGUUAGUAUUCGGAUGAGGCGACCUGUGUGCCAACGUUGCUUCAACACCACAGGCCGUGCAUGUCGAAUGUCGACCUUGCUUUUCCCACGACGCAGUCACAGUUAGAAGUUUCUUAACUCAGUGGGAAUAUUCAGCUUGGCUUCCAACCAAAGGUUUUGCUUCAUAAAAACUCCCUCAGCUCAAUCAUGUUUUGUAUGCUCCAGUGCCCCAAAUAAAAGAAUAAGUUAUUUAUUACUCCGGAACCUUUGUUAAACAAACGGUAACGUCGCCCAACGUAAAUACUUAUACUAGUAUGCACGAUGUUAGUAGCGGGGAGGGGGUGUUGGCGAUGUUAAUGCCGUGUUCAGUGCCAUGGGGCUCUUUUAUGGCCUCCUUCCCUUCCAUGCUGAUACUUAAUCAACUGUAGCGUGCGUGUGGUAAUGCUAAAAAUAAUGAAACCUUAAUUUCUUCCAUGCUGAUACUUUCUUAACUGAUUUCGUGGUUAUGCUCAAAAUAAUGAAAGCUUAAUUUCUCACUGUUUGUCAAACGAGACCAUAUAGCUUUUAUGAUCAGGAGGGCAAA